UCUUGCAGAGACUUCGUGCCGUGAAGAUCGAGUUGAAUAGAAAAGAAAAGAAAGCACGAGAAAACCAGCAGAAGAAAAAGAAAGUAACUUCGAGCAACGAAUUAAAACACAACUGUGUGUGGCUGACAACAUUUUUUUUUACUGUGCAAAGUGCAGUUCCCUUGCGCAUUAAACUCAUUUAAGUAGCAAAACCAAGAAAUACAAUAUUUAUCGGUUCGCGUGAGCGCGGCAAAAGUGCGAGUGCAAGAGACGCUAAAAAGAGCGAUAAAAAAGACGCGUCUUUCGUAGAGCAGCAAAAAAGAGACCUAGAGUCUAAACACAAAAGUAUCUGCAAGUAACGAGACAUAAAGUUCCACAGUCAAAUCCAGCAAGAUGACAACCAAAAUGGCCAUUAACGCAAAGGAUAUUUUCCGCAACCAGCACCGUCUGAUUCGCUUCCUGGAGCAGUCGAUCCGGUUGUGCAGCAACCAGUCACUGAAAGCCGCCCAACAGCAGCAACAGAAAUCGUCGUCGGUGGACUUUGAGAUCACCGCCUCGGUGGACGCCCAAUACACCAGUGCACCGGAGCCCAUCAAGCAUGACAAGAAUCUGGGCCACCAGUUCCGUGCCUCCCAGUUGUCCGUGCGUUUGGCCGCGCCGGAGCAACUGCAGCCGAAGCCGGACAACGAUGGCGAUCUGGGCUUCGGGCGCCUCUUCACCGAUCACAUGCUCAAGAUCUACUACCACAAGAGCCUCGGUGGCUGGCAGCGACCGGAGAUCACGCCGCUGGAGAACCUAGUGAUGCACCCAGCCGCCAAGGUGCUGCACUACGCCGUUGAGCUCUUUGAGGGCAUGAAGGCGUACCGCGGCGUCGAUGGCAAGAUCCGCAUCUUCCGGCCGGACAUGAACAUGAACCGCAUGAACCUGGCCGCCCAGCGUUCCGGUCUGCCCACCUUCGAGGGCAAGGAGUUCGUCCAGUGCCUCUCCCGCCUGCUGUCCAUCGAUUCCGAGUGGGUGCCCCACACGGACACCGCCAGCUUGUACAUCCGCCCCACACUGAUCGGCAUUGAUCCCACACUGGGAGUGGCAUCCUCUGACUCGGCCCUGCUCUACACGAUCCUCAGCCCCGUGGGCAGUUACUUCAAGACGGGCUCCUCCGGCGCCGUUUCCCUGCUGGCCGAUCCCAGUUAUGUGCGCGCCUGGCCCGGCGGCGUGGGCAAUCGCAAGAUGGGCUCCAACUAUGCGCCCACGAUCAAUGUGCAGAAGGAGGCGGCCGCCAAGGGACUGCAGCAGGUGCUGUGGCUCUAUGGCGAGGAUCACCAGCUCACCGAGGUGGGCACCAUGAAUAUCUUCAUGUUCUACGUGAACGAGCAAGGAGAAAAAGAACUGGUAACACCACCGUUGAGCGGCCUCAUCCUGCCCGGCAUCACCCGCGACUCCAUCCUGCGCAUGUCCCGCCAGUGGGGCAAGUUCAAGGUUAGCGAGGCGAACAUCACCAUGCCCAUGGUCUGCGAGCUCCUCAACCAGGGAAGGCUGCUGGAGCUCUUUGGAGCGGGUACGGCAUGCGUGGUUAGCCCCGUGAACAGGAUCAGCUACCUGGGCCAGGAUCUGUAUAUACCCACCAUGGAGCAGGAGAAGCCCGUACACGAGCUGAUCCGCGAGACGCUCACCGACAUCCAGUACGGUCGCGUGGAUCAUCCGUGGUCGGUGGUGAUCGAUUAAGUCACCAAUCCCGCCCAGAAGCCAUCCACCCACAGCUGCUCCCCUUUGUUCCCCCCAGGCCCAUCCCAUCCCAUCCCUUUCCCGUACCGUGUAUUAGUAGGAUUUAGUGCCAAGUGUUUUGUGGGUUGCCAAUGUGCUCGAAUUUGUUUCGUUUAUUGUGCAUUUAUCUAUAUGCUUGCAUAUGCAGAUAUAUCAUAUAUUGGAUAUAUAUAUAAAUAUAUAAUAUAGUAGUAUAUACAUAAGACUAGGGCCGAUUCGUUAAGUUGCAUUUAAAUGUAUAUUUAUUUAUUUAUGUGAGGAAUUCGAAUUGUACAUAAUUCCAACUGGUUCAAUGUUAUUUAUAGUUUUCCAAAUUAUUUUCAUAUUUUUAGUUUUGCGUGUAUGUGUGUUACUUUUUUUUUUGUGUUUGUUUCAUUUUGAAGCUAUGAAUCGUCUUUUUGCGCUUUUACUUCCAAGCAGCAUCGAAAGCAAGGCAAAAUUACCAACUACAAAAAUUUAGACUAGGAUCAAAAGAGAUUGAGAUUGAGAUCGAGAUCGAGAGAAUUCCCCAUGCAAGUGGCUGGAAUUAGUUGAAAACGUACCGGAGGCGAAAUGCAUUUAUUAGCGAGUAAGUGAGUGAGUGAUCGAAGUGUUCUUGGAGGUAAAAGCGGCACGAGAGGCACGAGGGCAGCAGCCGAGCUGAGCUGUGACUAAAGCUAAUCUGAACCUGAACCUGAACCUGAAACCGUCAGUAGAACCUAGGUUGUAGGCCUAGGCUGUAGAUCCUAACCCGAAUCAAGCUGUAUACUAUACCUGUAACCUAGUCGAUAAGCGAUGAAUAAACGAUGACAAAACUCAAGAA